AUGGAGUAUAUUAACAACAUAUUAGGCUCUCAAUCUCAGGUGCAGCUGGUAGAAGAGGCCAUUCCAACCUUAUGCAGCAGACUUCAGCACGCAACUUUGGUCUCGGACAGACGUUCUGCUGUUUUAGGCUUGAAGAGUUUUAGUCGUCAAUAUCGAGAGUCUGUGGUUGAGCAUGGACUACGACCAUUAAUUUCAACUUUUAAAAAAGACUCGGAGAAUAUUGCUUUGGCAAAAGCACUUUUAGAAACGUUCUUAAUCUUGCUCAUUCGUGGAGAAGAUACCGAGGAAGAUGCAACACGUGGUUGGAUUUCCCAGCAGCUGCGACAGCAAAACGGAAAGUACCCAUCGCCAUUAUUGAUGGAGGAAUUUUCAUUGGACCAAUUGUCCCUUUGGAUCGCUGAUGCCAUAUUGCAAGACCCCGAGAUGUUGAGUUUAUUGAUUCAAGAGUUGACAGAGGAUGAUUACCACUUGAAAUUUUAUGCUUUGCAAUUAUUAGAGUUUUUGGUUCUCAGUAGGAGCUCAAGAGCGAAAGAUGUGUUAUUGCACGCGCCGACAGCCAUGUCUAGUAUCUGUGCUGUUCUCAACGAUACCAAUGAACCCGUACGGAACGAAGCGAUCUUGCUCUUGAUGGCGCUUGUCAACAACAAUUUCAACAUACAGAAAUUGGUUGCAUUUGAAAACACGUUUGAGACAUUGUUCAAUAUUAUAGACGAGGAAGGCGGUAUUCGAGGAUCAAUUUUGGUACAAGACUGCUUAACUUUGAUUACCAACUUACUUCUUUACAAUGCCUCGAAUCAAAAGUACUUUAUGGAGACCCAAUGCGUUCCAGGUCUUACCCGGUUGUUGGAUGAGGCGGUUUUUGAUGAGCUGGCUCCUGGUUCAUCUGGUUUUGACUCAUCGGAAGAAUUAAACCCAAACUUGAACGGUGCAUUGGAUGCACCAGUACCAAUGGUGUGGACCGAGCAACGAGUGCAGAAUAUGAGAAUCUGUUUGGAGAUUGGUCGACUAUUAGUAGCUGAGAAUAAUGAAUUGAUUAUGCAAAAUCAGGACAAGCUUUUCAAGGAAGGAUUUCAUUAUGUUAUUUUGAAACUUAUCUUCUCUUCACUGACCGAAAACUCAGUACGAGCGACUGCGUUACUUACUGCGGCAGAUGCGAUAAGAGGCAACCACAAUAUACAAUACGAAUUUUCCAAAAUUGAUGUGCCGUAUAUCGACCCUUGCUUACCCGUGCAGACUCAAGCAAAUAACCCACCCGUCCUGGUUCCAUUGGCACUACUCAAUUGGUGUUUAUUUAUAAAUUCAGUGCAUCUGUUUGAUGUGAGGAUAAGUGCUUCUUAUUGCUUACAAGCUUAUUUCAAGAACAACCAAGAGGCCAAACUGGCGUUUUUAAAGGAUCAGAUCAGUGCCUACCACUCGGAGAACUAUUACCCCUUGAACGAGGAAUCAAACGAGGAAUUGAAUAAAGAAGAAAAAGAAGAAGAAAAAAAAAAAGAACAAGGAAAAGACAAGCAAGAAUACAUGGAUAUGAAUGGUCACGGUACAGCAACCAAGGAUAUUCCUUAUGGUAAUAUUUUCAAGUCUCUUAUGGAAUACGAUGCCGAGGUCAAACUAAACCCAUACAAGGUAUGGUUCUCAGCGUGUAUUCUCAUGUAUAUUUUUGAAGAUGAGCCGGAGAAUAAAAAUAUUGCACGAGCUGUUAUGACGGGUAAUGAAAACUCAGGUGAAGAAGUGAUGGCCUCAAUUCAAGCAAUGUCGGAACUAUUGGUGACGACAUUCGAAGAUAUGGAUCAAAGAGUCUCGAUUGGCUACCUCAUGUUGUUGACAACAUGGAUCUUUGAAGACUUUGAUGCAGUAAAUGAUUUUUUAAAUGAUGAGUCAACAGUGAAAUCAAUUUUGGCCUUUUUAUCCAAUAAUACUUCCGAAACAAACUCUAUUGUGCAUGGAAUGACUGCCAUGCUUCUUGGUAUAGCAUAUGAGUUUUCAUCAAAGGAUUCACCCAUUAAGAGACAAGACUUGCACGCGUUAUUGGUCAAAAGUAUAGGAAUGGAUAAUUAUGCGCACAAAAUAAAUCAAUUGACUGCCAACCCAGUGUUUAAAUAUUUUGAUGAAACGCUGAAUUUUGUAUCUGUACAAGAUGAAAGUGGUCUUCCCGAUGUUUACUUUGAUCAGUGUUAUGUUGAAUUGAUGAGAGAGCAUAUGACGAGGAUCAAGAGGGCUUUGUUUCAUGAUCCUGCAGCAGAGCCCCGUGGCAGGAUCUCUUAUGAAGUGUUUGAAGAAGUUGACAUGAAACUUGCCGAGGUAUCAAAUAGAUUGGAACAAGAGAGAGCCGAUUCAGCAACAAAAGAGGAUCUGCACAAACUGGAAGUUGAGAAAUUGACAACCACAACGAAAGAAUUGCAACAAAAACUUGAAGAAACAAAUGUUGAUUUGGAAAAAGUCAAAGUCGAAUUGUCUACAUUCCGCGAUAAGCACUCAACUUCGUCAAAGGAAUUAUUGGAGUUGAAAAAGAUCAAGGAGGGACUUGAGAAAAAUCAUCUUGACUAUAAAAAGGAAUUGGAAGAGACAAAGACCAAAAUUUCACAAUUAAAAUCGCAACUUUCGCUGACAGAAACUAAACUUAAAACCACAGAAGAAGCAAAGAAAAAGUUAGAAGAUGGAGUUAAUGGCAUGACCAAAGACCUAUUCCAAUUGAAAAAACAAAACUCUGAGUGGGAUAACAAGGUAAAAGUUUCAGAGAAAGAGACCAGGAACGUUAGGAAUGAAGCUGAGAAAAUAAAAAAAGAUCUUGAAUAUCGUCUUCGCAAAAUUCAAGAAGAGAGAGAUGCAGCAAAUAAAGUUGUUUCAGAGUCCAAAGAAGAGAUUUCCAUCCUUAAAAAAUCUAUAACCUCGCUCGAGCUGCAACUUGCAAAUAAAACUGUGGAUGCGAACAAGUUGACUAUGGAAAAGGACCAUUUUGCAGCAAAGAUAAAGGAACAAGAAAAGCAAUUGUCUUUGUUGUCGGGGCAAUUACAAGAGAAAAGUCUGCAAUUUACCGAACUAGAAUCAUCACUUACAGAAGUUAAGGAGCAAAAAGCAUCAGCCGAUAUUGAGGUGGAGAAGCUUUCAUCAAAACUUAAGCGUGCACGCGAGGACUUGAUCCACCACGAGUCGGAGAUGAAGGAAAAAUUGGAUAGAGCAAAAGAUGAUAUUGAAAACCUUGAAGAAAAAAUCAAAAACUUUGAAACUGAAAUUCAGAAGAAAGAGAAAGAACUAGAGAAGCACAAUGACCUUGAGAAACAAAUAGAUCGGCUCAAUACUGAGUUAACAAAUCGUGACGAAGAAAUUAAGAAACAUCAGGCUAGUUUAUCCGAAAAGGAAAAAGAAGUUGACUCAAAGAAACUUUUAGAAGCCAAGAUCUUGGAAUUAGAAGGUGAGUUAAAGGAAGCCAAAAACGAAGCUUUAACGCUUAAAAAAGAGCACGAUAAGACAAUUGAAGAUCUUAAGCAAAAUGAAAAAACCAUUAAUGAAGAAUCUAAAGUUCUUGUCAAAAAAAUUGCUGCUUUAGAGUCUGAUAAGAAGAGCUUACAAAAUGAAAUUAGUGAAUUGAAAGAAAAAUUGAGCCAAUCCGAAAAAGUACAAGAAGAUUUGAAGGAUCUGAAAAAACAAUUUGCAGAACUUGAGAAAUCUAAAUCCAAACUUGAACUGGAUUUGAAAAGUCUUCAGAAAGUACUCGAUGAUAAAAGUAAACUUGAGCAAGCGACUUCCAACGAGUUGACUGAUAUUGUGGAAAAAUUGAAAAAGGAGAACCUGGCUAUGGAGGAAAAGAUUAGUGGCUUGGAGAAAGAAGUUGAAUCUGGUACAUCAUUAAAAGACGAAAACCAAGGUUUGAAAACCAAAAUUGAUGAGUUGGAAGAUAAAAUCAAAGGCCUUGAUACAGAUAAAGGAAAGCUCGAAAGUACAUUUCAAGAGGUUAAAGUAGAGAAAGCACAACUUGACAAGGAAAUUGAAGCCUUGACUGCAGACAAAAAAAGGCUUAUUAAAGAGGCAGAAUCAUUCAAAUCUCUUCAAACUGACAAUCAAAAUCGGUUUGAAAAGCGCAUAGAUAAGCUUGAAGAGGAAAAAAUUGAUCUUUCCAAUCAAAUCGAAAAGUUGCAAGAAGAAAAAGAUGCGUACAAGGCAAAACAAUUAGCUGAUGAAAAAAAGAUUACCAAUUUGAGUAAGGAAAAAAGUGAUGCUUUAAGUCAACUCGAGAAACUCCAAUUAGACCUCAAAAGUACCAAAGAAGAAGCGAAAACUGUAUCGGACCAAAAUUUGGAGUUGGAGAAAAAUAUUCUGGAGUCGAAAACGAAGCUGGAUGCUGUAUUUGAAAAGGUAAGCACGCUUGAGAGUAAAAAUGCUGGACUUGAAGAAGAAAUUAAAAAUUUAAAGCAAAGAAUUACGUCACUUGUACCCAAAUCAGAAAUUGAUGAUUUGAUGUUGUUAAUGGCAGAUUUGGAUGAGAAAAAGAACAAGUAUGCAAAGAGGUUAAAACAGUUGGGACAUGAAAUCAGUGAUGACGACGACUCCAGCGAAGAAGAAGAAGAUGACGAGGAUGAUGAAGAAGAUGAAGAUGAGUAA